GGGGGGAGAGCAUCACAGAGAAAGCGCUCUCUAGCUUCGGGGACCGUGUACGACUCGGACGAAUUCACAUCCCAACAUCAACCAGAGCAGGGGUCAGCGGACCAACGCAUACAACCUGGGAAAUUACAUAUUUUUUUUAAUGGAUUCCUCUGGACGUUUCCUUCGUCGAAAGAAGACCUCAUCAAAUUGACUUCAUAGACACAGAAUCAUUACGCUGGUCACCCAAGAAGAGCCUAGAGGACUGGGAUGAAGACUCCGGAGGAGCCGCCCUACCUGACAGUGGGCACUGAUGUCAGUGCCAAGUACAGAGGUGCUUUCUGUGAGGCCAAGAUUAAGACUGCCAAGAGACUGGUCAAGGCCAAGGUGACCUUUAAACCAGACCUGACAACAGUGGAGGUCCAUGAUGACAGCAUCCAAGGCCCUCUGAAGGUUGGUGCUGUAGUAGAGGUGAAGAACCCAGAUGGAGUGUACCAGGAAGCCUCCAUCAACAAGCUGACAGACUGCAGUAUAUACACUGUUGUGUUUGAUGAUGGUGAUGAGAAGACACUGAGGCGUUCCUCUCUCUGCCUGAAAGGAGCACGUCACUUUGCAGAGAGCGAGACACUAGAUCGCCUCCCUCUCACCAACCCUGAGCACUUCGGCACUCCUGUCAUCGGCAAGAAGAGGAACCGGGGACGCAGGUCCAAUCCAGUGUGA